CGGGGCGCCGCGCAGCCCGCUCUCGCGAAAUGCGCGCCCUCUAACGUAUUAUGUUCCUCCCCGAGCUACCGCGAGCCUGCAUGGUGGACGACGUAGCGACCUACCUCCAAGCGCCCUCCUCGGGACAGGUGGCUACAAUAUAUUAACAACAACCCAUAUGACGAGUUCCAUCCGUUCAUAGAGGCUCUAAUGCCCUUUGUAAAGUCCUUUUCGUACACGUGGUUCAACCUACAGGCAGCAAAACGGAAAUAUUAUAAGAAACACGAAAAACGGAUGAGUCUCGAGGAGGAGCGGCAUACUAAAUAUGAAUUACAGAACGAAAAAGCAGAAGUAAAACAAAAAUGGGCGUCAAGACUGUUGGGCAAGCUGCGGAAGGACAUCACCCAGGAUUGCAGAGAGGAUUUCGUUCUCAGCAUCACGGGAAAGAGGCCUGCCGUGUGUGUGCUCUCAAAUCCCGAUCAAAAGGGCAAGAUGAGGAGGAUAGAUUGUUUAAGACAGGCCGAUAAGGUAUGGCGUUUAGACCUCGUAAUGGUGAUCCUGUUCAAAGCAAUCCCCCUUGAAAGCACCGACGGGGAGCGCCUGGAGAAGCAUCCAGAAUGCACGCAGCCCGGACUUUGCGUCAAUCCAUACCACAUCAAUGUUUCUGUACGAGAGCUAGACUUGUAUCUAGCAAAUUUCAUCAACAGCUAUGGUAAUGGGAGCGACGGUCUGCCAGAUAUCUUAUCGGGCUCGCUCUCGCCGCACACGCCUAGGGACAAAGAGAACGAACACGAGGCUAAAAACAAAGGCUACAGCCACAAUCCGUACAAUGGGGUGAUAUGCAACGAUAUCAUACUCGCCACGGGUGUCUUCUCUUCUAAGGAACUAUGGAAGUUGUCUAAAGCCUCAAUUCUCCAAGAGACGGGUUCCGAGUCCCCUGGUGGCUCCGGCGGUGGCAUAAAGCUGGAGUCGGGUUAUUAUUGUGGGUAUAACAGUCCAGCGCCCCCCGCCUUCGAGCCCCCCGCAGAGCGAGCUACUCCGUCCGCAAUGCUCGUGGGGCAGUGCUUCAGCAUCCCGCACAGUUCUGCGGGUCUCACUGCGCAGUCGCCGCUGGUUCCAUCAAACACCAUUUUUUACCAACACCCACCUCCCACCGAUACGCAUCCCACUGCAUCAGACGGCAUUUCGCAACACUCGAGUGGCAAGUACGACAACGCGCCACAGGACUCCCUCGGAGAUUUUGUGACCUUUGUUUGUCAGGAGCCUUCAGAUGUUCAGCAAUUACAGGUACACAGCCUGUCACGGAGUCCAAAGCCAGCAUAUUUCAGCAGCUCGAUGCUGCCUCCUCCUCCAUUACCACCGAUGGCAAGACCGGUCGCCAUUAUCAGAUCUACAGCGAGCGAGCUAGGCGUCAGUGGAGGCACGUCACCGUCGUCUCCUGAAGUAAGGUCACCACCCACCUCACCGCGGAGGCGGUCGCCACUCACCUACCGCACCUCCGACUGUCACCCACCGAUCAGCCAUUUCAACCACUUUCAUCCGCAGCCACAACAGGUUUUCAGCUAUGGCUCCCUCGGCAGCGUGGGUCUGGGCGGCGGGGUGUCAGCGGCGGGCGGCGGGGCAGUGAUGGCUGGAGGCGGCACCAUCUCACCACCGGGAGGUCUCGGGCUGUAUGCGCCCAGGGCACCAGCUAGAGCUCCUCCUAGAUGGAACGCCCCUUUCUCGACUUUAGAAGAAGAGUUCAACAUAAUGACGGCACCGGGUGGACCUGAUCAUGUCGUCCUGCUCGAUGAUGACCGCUUCUUCCAAUCCAGCGUCAUAACAUCUGAAGCGACGGCGAUGGACACAUCGGCCUCUGUCGGUCAGUCAGUCGUCGAGCCGUCAGACGACAUCGCCCCCGACAAACCAGCCCCCGAUUUGCGAUCGCCGUGAUCCACGCCCCUCGCGUCCUGCGCGAACGAAACGACAGCUUCAUCUAACUCACAUGUUUCAAAUAUCAACUCACAGGUCUCAAAUAUCGACUCACAGGUUUCAAGUAGCAACUCACAGGUUUCAAGUAAUAACUCGCAAGUCGCAAGUUACAACUCUCAUGUUUCGAGUUACAACUCGCAAGUUUCGAGUUAUAGUUCUCACAUUUUGAGUCCAAACUCUCAUGUUUUGAGUGUACCGAGUAUGUCGCACUCAGAUACUGUCUUGAGUCUGACAGGGUCUCAGAUUUUGAGUCCGAAUUCUCAUGUUUCGAGUAUGAACUUGUCAAAUUCAACUGUUUUGAGGUGGACACCGGCACCGUUGCCUCAUUGGCGGCCAGUGACACAUCGGACUGUUUAAUAUUGUUUGCUUUUUAUAUAUUAUGAAGAGCACGUUUGGUUUUGCCAUUAAAAAUGGCAUGCUAUGAUUUUCGUUUAAAAACAAUUUAACGGAAAAAAAAAUUGAAUACUUACCAAGUUAUUAAAUUGCUUUAGGUUUUGCUGUUAU